UUCUGUACAGACUGGAUGGAACCAAGGAACAAUGUAACUUAUUUCAUCCUCCUGGGCCUCACACAGAAUCCAAAGGAGCAGAAAGUCCUUUUUGUUAUGUUCUUGCUCUUCUACAUUUUGACAUUUGUGGGCAACCUGCUCAUUAUUGUGACUAUAACUGUUAGUAAGACUCUGAACUCACCAAUGUACUUUUUUCUUGCUAGCUUAUCAUUUAUGGAUCUAAUUUAUUCCUCUUCUAUUUCCCCCAGAUUAAUUUCAGACUUGUUCUUUGGGGAAAACACCAUAUCUUUUGAAUCUUGCAUGGCUCAGCUGUUCACAGAGCACUUUUUUGGUGGAUCAGAGAUUGUUAUUUUGUUGGUGAUGGCCUAUGACCGCUAUGUGGCCAUCUGUAAGCCCUUGUACUAUUUGAUUGUCAUGAGGCAGAGGGUGUGUGUUGUGCUGCUGGUGGUGUCCUGGGUUGGAGGUUUUCUGCACUCAGUCAUUCAACUUGGCACUAUUUAUGGGCUCCCGUUUUGUGGUCCCAAUGUCAUUGAUCACUUUAUGUGUGACAUGUACCCCUUAUUGAAACUCAUCUGUACUGACACCUAUGUCAUUGGCAUCUUAGUGGUGGUCAACGGAGGACUGAGCUCUGCUACUGUUUUUCUACUCUUACUCAUCUCUUAUGGAGUUGUCUUGCACUCUGUAAAGAAUGUUAGUCAGGAAGGGAGGCGGAAAGCCCUCCAGACCUGUGGCUCCCACAUCACUGUGGUUUUCUGCUUUUUCGUUCCCUGUAUUUUCAUGUAUGCAAGACCUGCUAAGACCUUCCCCUUUGACAAAUCACUGAGUGUAUUUUAUACAGUCAUCACCCCUAUGCUGAACCCAUUAAUCUACAGUCUAAGGAAUUCUGAGAUGACUAAUGCUAUGAAGAAGCUCUGGAGAAAAAAAGGCAGAUAAAGUAUUAAACAGGUGCUUUAUCCAUCAUAAAGAAAGUAAUUUAGCAUC